ACUCUGUGUCAGCCUGUGCACCUGUGCUGCAAACUCCUAUUAUAUCAACAAAGGCAGCUACACACACAAGACUACACACAUGCACUCAAAUGAACCUGCACCAGUGACAGGCUCACUCUGUGGGACACAAACACACACAAACCCAACCCUGUCAUUGUAACACACCCAGCUCCCAUCUGGGCCUCCCACACAACCAGUUCCCUUUGUCACACAUAAGACACCAGCAUCCUCAUCUGUAUCUCAUUCACAACCAAGUGGUUUUGACAAGCAAGCACACAGCUCCCAUUUAGAGGCACACACACAGCUUGUGACCUGUGUCACCUGGGUCUCCAUGAUCCCAAUAAUCAUCUAAUUAAUCCAAGGUAUGUAUAGCCAAUGGAAUGUAUUACAUUUGUUUGAGAUGACUACAUUGGAGGAGAUUCCAUUUCAGAAAAAAAAAAACCUUUUUAAGGCAAAUAUAAGAAUACAGGUAGAUAUAUUCUUUCCUUUGCAUUCUAGCUCUGCUGAUCUUUAAAGACUCAUGACACAUUCUUUACAUAAUUGCCUUUGCACUGGUACUCCAAAAAUCAACUCAUAAGCAAAAUCUUGCAUUGCCUAUAGCAUAUUUGCAGCAAAAUGACUUUCUCACCUCUGCUCAAGUCUAACUAUAGAAACUCAAGUUAAAGCUUAUAAACUAUGCAUAUACAGAUUUAUAAUGAUUAUUAUUUUUUUAUAUAUAUAAAUCUGUAGUUUAUUUUCUUAAUAGUAACGUAAACGCAACAUUUAAGGAAAAGAAGAAAAAAAAAGCUAAAUUGUCAGCCUAAGUGUGAAUUGUUGUGUUUUAAAAAAUAAAUUCUAAUUUUUAGCAAUUCUUAGCUCAUUUUUAGAUAAAAAUUAAGAAAAAAAAUAUCUGCUUUGGAGAUUUUUUCCAGUCCAGCUAUUGGACUAAAAACAUGAUUUCAAACUUUAGUAGACAGCGUGGUGUGCACAUCACAUUCUGAAGUCAAUAAGUGAUCGUGGUAAAAUAAAGGCUGACAUUUAGGAGAAGGGCUGGUUUUUCGACUCUGUAAAAAGAAUGGAGAAUGGAAUGUUAAAUGUAUUCUUCCCUGCUUUUAAAUAACAAUGCAAAUCAAAACACAGAGAUAGCCGUCACUAGACAAUUGUUGAUUUAUUGCAAUUUGUAUCCUCAUCCUACUUAUACUACAUUUAUUCUUUAAUGUGUGCGAACACUCUUUCAGUAGUUACCUAAUAUGAUUAUGCUUGUAAUGAUGUGUGCAUUGUUUCAGAAAUCAUUUAUAUUUAAACUACAGGGUUUAAAACCUAGAUUGGGAAUUAUUGACUAUAAACAAGAAAAUUGCAAACCUUAAGCCAAAAUCACAGCAUGAAACAGUUGGAGAUGGUUUUCAGGACAAGUAUUUGGUAAAAAAAAUUCUAUCGACAUGAAAAUUUUAAGGAAUAAAUCUCAUCCUAUUUAAAAACAGACAAAGAAACAAACAAGUAUUCCCACAAUCUACCUCUAGUAUUUAUUUAAUGAACAGUGUAUUCGGAUCAAUUCAAAAUCAAAUUUAUAAAUUUUUUCACCAAAUAUAUUAUUGGAGUUUAACCAGAAUAAAUAAAGGAUAGAAGGUGCCAAAACUACAUAACCAGAGACGCCAAACAGAGAUUUUUAUAGUAAAAGUCAAGUAAAACUAAAAGAGAAAAGAAACAGCAAUCAAACAAUCAAGUGAAUGAAGACUAUGGCCUUGAUUUAAUAAUUUUGGAUACGUUUUUCAAAUGAUCACAAUUUGUUUGGAACGUAAUCAGAAAUUAUUCCAUGGUGUUAGAAAAAAAAAAAUGUAAACGAUUUAUCUAAAAACAUCCCCAUAGACUUUAAUGGUGAUUUAUGUAAAUUAAUUAUUUGAAAAUGCUUUUUUUUUCUCUAACAGAAUGGAAUAAUUUCUGAUUUUUAUUCAAACAAAUUAAAUUGAGGCCAAUCUGUUAGAAAACUCUUUCAAAUUAUUUUAGGUUUUUCUAGCAGAUUGUGAUAAGUUUAUCAACAAAAUUAGAUAAGCUUAUCCAAGACAAUUAAUUCAAGGCCUGUGGCCUCAAUUCAAUAUUACUGGAAAUAUCCAGUCAAAAAUUAUUGACUGCUUUCAGCGGAUAUUUUUAUUGAAUUUCGAUAACUUAAUGACCUAUUACCAGCCAAGAUUCUAUCAGUCAAAACCGAUAAACGAUUUGGAUGCUUGAUAUAAAUUCCCUCAUAAAUGUUCUUCCAAAUCCAGUCAUUAAAAAAGAAAUAGGGUCACUUUGACCCUGACUUUAGUGGAAGGGAGGUAACAUACAACCCCCAUGCCUGCACUCACCAUGCUGCUAUUGCUGCCCAGUCGCUAGUAACAUUUUAAGUGUCUAGAUGCGAUAGAACACAAUGUCCACCCACUUUAUUUAUUUAAAUCAUAGCCACACCGUGGAUGCUUCAACCAUAUACAUGCACCUUUGGACAGGUACCUUCAGCUAUAAACAUGCACCUUUGGACAGGUUCCUUCAGCUACAUACAUACACCUACAAACACAGGUCGUUAUGCCAUAUGCAUGCACCUUUGGACAAGAUCCUUCAGCCAUAUACAUGCACUUUUGGAUAGGAUCCUUCAACCAUAUGAACACACAAUUGAAUAGGUUCCUUCAGCCUUAUACAUAACAAACACAGGAUGCUUCAGCCAUAUACAUACACCUUUGGACAGGUUCCUUCAGCCAUAUACAUACACCUUUGGAAAGGUUCCUUCAGCCAUAUACAUACACCUUUGGACAGGUUUCUUCAGCCAUGUCCAUACACCUUUGGACAGGUUCAUUCAGCCAUAUACAUACAUCUUUAGACAUAUUCCUCCAGCCAUGUACAUACACCUUUGGACAGGUUCCUUCAGCCAUAUACAUACACCUUUGGACAGGUUCCUUUGGCCAUAUACAUACACCUUUAGACAGGUUCCUUCAGCCAUUUACAUACACCUUUGGACAGGUUCCUUCAACCAUAAGAACGCACAUUUGAAUAGGUUCCUUCAGCCAUAUACAUACACCUACAAACACAGGAUGCUUCAGCCAUAUGCAUACAACUUUGUCAGGUUUCUUCAGCCAUAUACAUGCACCUACAAACACAGGAUGCUUCAGCCAUAUACAUACACCUUUGGACAUGUUCCUUCAGCCAUAUACCUACACCUUUGGACAGGUUCCUUCAGCCAUAUAUAUACACCUUUGGACAGGUUCCUUCAGCCAUAUGCAUUCACCUUUAGACAGAUUCCUUCAGCCCUGUACAUACACCUUUGGACAGGUUCAUUCAGCCAUAUACAUACACCUUUGGACAGGUUCCUUCGGCCAUAUACAUACACCUUUAGACAGGUUCCUUCAGCCAUAUACAUACUUUGGACAGGUUCCUUCAGCCAUACACAUACACCUUUGGACAGGUUCCUUCAGCCAUAUGCACACACCUUUGGACAGGUUCCUUCAGCCAUAUACAUACACCUUUGGACAGGCUCCAUCAGCCAUAUACAUACACCUUUGGACAGGUUCCUUCAGCCAUAUACAUACAACUUUGGACAGGUUCCUUCAGCCAUAAGAACGCACAUUUGAAUAGGUUCCUUCAGCCAUAUACAUACACCUACAAACACAGGAUGCUUCAGCCAUAUGCAUACACCUUUGUCAGGUUUCUUCAGCCAUAUACAUGCACCUGCAAACACAGGAUGCUUCAGCCAUAUACAUACACCUUUGGACAUGUUUCUUCAACCAUAUACAUACACCUUUGGACAGGUUCCUUCAGCCAUGUACAUACACCUUUGGACAUGUUCCUUCAGCCAUAUACAUACACCUUUGGACAGGUUCCUUCAGCCAUAUACAUACACCUUUGGACAGGUUCCUUCAGCCAUAUACAUACACCUUUAGACAGAUUCCUUCAGCCAUGUACAUACACCUUUGGACAGGUUCCAUUGGCCAUAUACAUACACCUUUAGACAGGUUCCUUCAGCCAUAUACAUACACCUUUGGACAGGUUCCUUCAGCCAUACACAUACACCUUUGGACAGGUUCCUUCAGCCAUAUGCACACACCUUUGGACAGGUUCCUGAAGCCAUGUACAUGCACCUUUGGACAGGCUCCGUCAGCCAUAUACAUACACCUUUGGACAGGUUCCUUCAGCCAUAUACAUACAACUUUGGACAGGUUCCUUCAGCCAAAUACAUACACUUUUGGACAGGUUCCUUCAGCCAUGUACAUGCACCUUUGGUCGGACAGUCAUUGAAUUCUGACAGUUAGGUGGCACUGAUACAAGGACCAUAGAGACUAACUGUCAUUUUUGAAACACAGUCCAACCCAAGGUCAUGUGGCUAAUGGAUCCUGCCGUAUAUUAAAGGUAGGGAUGAGUUUUUCUAUUUUUUUUUUCACAUAUACUGAAUUUAAAAAAAAUAUAUAUAUAUAUUUAUUUUCCAAACGGGAUGAAAGGAAUAUUAUAUUAAAAAACAUUCUUCAGGUGACAGUUGUAAUUCAGGCUCUCCCUAUUGUAACUGUUUACUCAAAAAUUAUCCUCACGCAUAAAAUACAUACUUGAAUUCAAGAAGAUAAAAACAAGGAGAAAUGGAGGGACAACAAACAAAAAGAGAUUAUUUAAAAAAAAAAGGAAAAGCAUAACAGAGUAAUCACGGUAAAAAAAAAAAAAAAAAUGUUGAGGAAUUAAAAAUGUACUUCAAAUUUUAGUCCAAAAUAGACAAACACAAUUAUGUUUUCGGUCUAAAAGGUAUUUCAACAUGUUUUGAAAGUCAAUUUAAAAUUUAAGGCAACAAUUGCCAAACUAGAAGACUUGAGGUAGUUGUUAAAUUUAGGUGAGUUCCCUCAGCAUGCCCUCGAUCCAGAGGAUGAUAGGAAUUAGGAAAUAAAGUACUCCAGUGCCCCCUGGUCCCACAAUCACACACAAGCUGAGAUUAGAAGCCUGGUGCAAUCAAAUAAUGCAUCGGAGAGACUAAUGUUUGGAUAAUGUCACCUGCUGGUUUGAAAGCAUGAUCUAAGCAACUUAAAUAUUUGUUCCAAAAAAAAAUUCCCCUACUUGAUUUACCAGUUAUUUCACGUAGCCCAUCAUGCUUUCAUAUGCUGUUUUGCACAGAUGCUGAUAUAAUAUAUGCUUUUAUUGCCCAUAAUUACUGGGGACUACAGUGUGAGUGCAGUUCCUGGCUACUAAUCUGAAGGCAAAACUGGGACAUACAUUCAUGGCUGCCUGAGAUUAGUGGGAGUUACACUCCCAAGCAGCACCUGCCACUAUUUUAGUGGUGGAAGCUAAACUAACUGUAACUCCAACUAAUCUGGUGCCCUAAUAACAAAAAAGUCAUUCACUUAACUACACUACACUUAAACUAACCAUCAACUCUCUCACUACCCCAUACCUAACCUCACAAGUGUCCCUAUGCAAGAGUGACAAUCCCUAUUUUGGACCCAAAUCCCUCUGUCCCUCUUUUUUAUCCUAAUGUCCCUCUUUUCUAGGAGAUCUAUAUCGGAGUGUAUAACAGAGCUCCACAGCAAUCAUGCUCCCAGUAAUGUGUCUUUAAACCACAAUGAAUGUGCUUAGAAAUCAGUCUGUGUCAAUAAUAUACAUUGUCCUAUUUUAGUUACAUACAUUUUUAUUAACAAGUCACCUAACAUUUCUCAUAAUAGCCCCAUGCCUAGCCACAUCCUUACAAUUAAAGUACCUCCCCCCCCCCCCUUGUCCAUUUGAAAUGUUAGGUGGUAUGCUACCCUAACUAUCCCCAUUAACUCCAACACUACCCUAAUGCUAAAACUUUAACCCCUUACACUACCCUAAAACGAUUAACCUCGGCUACACUGCCUGAAUUCUAACUCGUCCUAAAAAUAUUGUGUCAGUUUUAUAAUUUAUUAAUAAGGUUAUACACUGAAGUGAGAAUUCCAAGUGAAUUUCAAAUAUAAGGGCCAAAGUAGAUCAACUUGACGCAUUGCUGACUUAGACAAUGUUUCCAGAUCGAAUGGUACAACCGUGAAUUUGAAAUUCACUAUAAAUUCACUUUCGUGACUAACCCAGAACACCAUAUACAAAUGUGUAAACGUCGUGGUGGUGAUUUCCACACAUUUACACUAGACGCAGAACCGAGCUUAUAUCAGCAUCCUGUUGGCAUAACAACAGGAUCGAGUUUACAGUGGCAGCUUGCCAGUUCUGGGUUAGUUCUGUUUGUGUUCUUGGCCUGGUGGAGUAGAAUUUCUGGUGUGCAUGUUGGGGUUGCACCCAUCAUUAUUGAUUCAUAAUUUACUGUGAGGAUGACAAAAGACAUAUAAAAGUCACUCCCUCACUCAUUUUUAGGAUUGUCUUGGUGCAACUGUUAAAAUCACAAGUGCUUUCUAAAUAAAUAAAAAUGGUUUGUGCAGUAUUGGUGCAUGUGAGGGUUUUUCUGUGCACAUCAAUUGUGAAUGUAUGUGAAGGUCUCUCACUCUCAGUGUAAUGUCAUUGUGUACUUUGCGAACAGUGUCAGUGUGUAUCAGAGCUUGUGUGUGUGCAUUGUCAGUGGAUGUAUGUCAGUUCUCCUGUAUGUGCCCAUCUUUGUGUUUGUCCUUUUUCUGUGUGUUGUUUUCACAUUUUCUGUAUGUGUCUACGUUAGUAAAUCUAUGUUCAGUAUCUGUACGUGUUUUUGUUGGAGUUCCUGUGUGUGUGAACUGUCAGUGUAUUUGUAUGCUGGUGUAUGCUUGUGUGCAUGAGCAAUGGCAGUAUGCGUGCACGCUGGUGUUCUGUGUUCCUGUUUGUGUGCAAUCUUAGUAUAUGUGUAUGUUGAUGUUUCUAUGUGUGCAAUAUCAGCAUAUCAAGAAGGCAGGGGACCAUAAUAUAUAAAGUCAAAGUAUAUAAUGUACCAAAGGACCUACCUUUAUAACACACACAGUAAACAAUAAUAAACUAAAGUGGCAAUUGUGCCGAAAGAAGACACAUAGAAUCACAAAGCUACCCUGUAUAGACAAAAUUAACCCCAUCUGGCCUGCAGUGAGUGUAUUCAAGAAUGAAUGAAAAGUGUAGCUGUGAAGUGCGGAUCCUGCUAUGUUCGAAUAGCCAUAAAUUGCAUACAUUGCAGAAACAGUUUUUCAUAAAAAAAACAGGCCCUCUAAAAGCUUUUAAAGUGCAAAUCCCAUAAUGCCCAAUCAGGCUGAUGGUAUGGACGAGCAUCAUGUAAAUAGCACAUCUUUAACAUUUCUAUAAACCCCCUUAUGCAUCCCCCCUCCCUUGUCUCUUCCUAUUCACUCCCAUUUGUUUUCAUCCCUAACCCCCCAGCCUUUACUUGCAACCCCCGUUAACUCUCAAAUACCCACCUUCCCAAUUAUCGCUGCCUCUCUCAACUCCGGUCAUUUCUCCCUAUCAUCCCUUUCCCCUAAUUUAUUUCUCAUUAGCCCCCCUUCCCCCACCUCCAAUUUUCUCUGUCUUCUACCAUAUUAAAUGAAGCAUGAAGGGAAGACCCAGAACAGUGCUGCACCUUUCUUCUCAAACUUACUAUUCUGUGUGAGUGACUGCCAUGCUGGCAUAAUGUCAAAUCCAAGCCUGCUCCACUAUACUGUGUAAAAUAUUAAAGGGACACUGUAGACACCAUAUAACCAUUUCACUUCUUUGAAUUGGUCACAGUGCCUGGAGUCCGCUGGCACUGCCCCUCCAUUCAGUGUUAAACUAUUUUCGAGCAGUUAAACACUAAAUAAGGAUCCCUGGCCACCCACAGCCCAGCCCCUUUUGGAGGUGUGGCUAAGGCAGAGAUUACACACUUCCUUGUAGUCCAUCUGUCAGUUGGAGCUCUGAUAGGCUACAAACAGUCAGGUGACACUCUCAACCAAUCACUGCUUCCCAUUUCUGCUCAGACUAAUACUUCCCCAUUUGCCAAAGCAGCACAUAGUGGAUGGACUGCCAGGGAUGCUCGUUUAGCAUUGAAACAUAAAAACAAACAAAAAUCUGUUUAAUGCUGAAUACAUUGAUGGCAAAAGAGGAUUCCAGACACUAUAACCAGUUUAAUGAGAUAAAGCAGAUACGGUGCCUAUGGUGCCCCUAUAAUGCUAAGAAAGAAGACACACACUGCUCUUGGCACUCACCACGUUGGCCACGCUAUAAAACUCUAUGGGUGGCCAGAGGGUGGAAGUGCAGGCCAUAUCCUGCAUGGGAGUCAGUUGUGGAGAUCUAUGUAUGCCACAGCUUGCUUUUUGCUUCUUACAGUAUAUAAUCACACAUUGCAGCCUGAAUUUAUUUACAGAAUGCCUAAUAGAUCCUAGCAGCACUUUAUAAAGUAUGCAUGUUCAGGUGAGUGUGACCCCUUUGCUCUGUAUACAGUAUUUAAAGAUUAUUAGCAAUAUGCCAAUGGCCCUACGACAUGUCAGACCAUGCAGGUUUGAAGAAAUGGUAUUUCUCUAACAGAUUUUUCACUUGCAUUUGCAUUUCUUUCUUAUAUUUGCCCCCUAACUUUAUAACAAUACGUGUCGUUAAGAGGCAGUCUUAGUACCAUAACUACUGUGCAGACACCUUCUCCCAGUUGUGGGAUAAACCAUUGUUGAGCAUUUGGACCAAAGCCAAAGGUCCUUGGCAGUUCUGACCUCCACUUUCUAGAAUUGCUGGUCCAACCACUCAAAAAUGGCUUCACCUAGCACCAUGACCAUAGGCACGCAGUGUUUCGUUUCUUUAACUUAGGGUACCAAAUUAACGUCUUGCCUCUUCUUUUUUACCAGUAUGCCUCCCAAUAUAUUGGCACGAGAGAGCUCAGAGGUCGAUUGGUGUGAAACAAACUAUCUUCACUCAGAGUAUGUGGCUGAAUAUUACAACACGGUAAGUGUAUUGACUGGCAAAAUCCUACUUAACCCUGUAUUCUCAGAGCAAAACCUAUCUAUCCAUACAUCCAUCUAUCCAUCUAUCCAAAGAUCAGAAAAUAUUAUGAUAAUUCUCAUAUUAGGAAGUACACUUAAAGCAGAUCUAUUUUUUAUAGGUAUAUGAAAACAAAUCUACAUGAAAUCUUUUUUAAAUAUGUCUCCAUUUCAAGUUAUUAAUCGUAGAGCAAUUUUAUCUUAUCAGCUGUCUUUGUAUUGUACCUUCCAGAUGAAAUAAAGUACCAAAUUACAUUGCGACUGUAGGGUUAUUGGCCUUCUUGUCAUCAUAUUGAAGUCCAUAUUUAAAGGAACACUAUAGGGUCAGGAACACAAACAUGUAUUCCUGACCCUAUAGUGUUAAAAAAAACAAGAUACCUCCAUUGCUUCUCUUAAGUAACUAAAAAAAACUCACCUUAUUUCCAGGGCUGAGCGGGUCCACCUGCACUUGCUCCGUGCCCGGUCCGCCUUCCUGGCUGACAUCAUCAAAAUUGAUCUUCUCAGCCAAUCAAAAUGCUUUCCCAUAGGAAAGCAUUGGAUUGUAUGAGAUUGUCAAUUCUGUUGACUUUAGCCAAGGCGGAGCGAAACACAGCACUGGCCAAUCAGCAUCUCAUCAUAGAGAUGCAUUGAAUCAAUGCAUCGCUUUGGGGAAAGUUCAGCGUUUCCAUGAACGUCAGUCACACUGUGCAGCACUGCCCCAGGAAGCACCUCUAGUGCCCAUUUGAGGAGUGGCCAGUAGGGGUGUCCCUAGGCUCUAAUGUAAUGUAGAAUGGCGACUGUAUAACAAGUGGUCUCUGGUUUUGUGUUUGUGCUUUCUAUGUGUUCAGGGAAGUUUGAUUUGGCCCAUCUACUGCAAAGCUAGGAAUUACAUAAAACCUCUUUAAUAAACAACAUGUACAGAUUUUAUAGAUGCAAGGUAUUUAGCAAAACACUCAAAUACAAAUCUUUGCAAAUCUAAAACUGACACCAACCAAUCUGAAAAAGAAAAUAAAUACACGGUAAAUUACAUAAUAUUAUGAAAGGAAUACUAUAAGCACCAUAACCACUACUUCUUAUUGUAUUAGUUAUGGUUCAAUAGGUGCAGUACUUGGGUUCUUGUCACUGCAAAUAGCUCUAGUGGUUAUGGUGCCUUGAGAGAUCCUUUAGCUUGUCCACUUUCUUUCAGUUAGAUACUCUCACAGAAUCAAAUUCUCUAUUAUAGCCAAUACCUUUAACCCCUUAAGGACACAUGACACGUGUGACAUGUCAUGAUUCCCUUUUAUUUCAGAAGUUUGGUCCUUAACCCCUUAAGGACCAAACUUCUGGAAUAAAAGGGAAUCAUGACAUGUCACACAUGUCAUGUGUCCUUAAGGGGUUAAGGGGUUAAAAUAUAGUAUUUACACAAUAUAGUUGUAGGGGAAUACUACAACUAUUCAUUGUUUUACACUAUUUGCUAUUUCUUUUAGAUAUUUCAAUUUGGUUGGCGUCAUGAGAUGUAUAGUGAAUUGUGUCUGUUUUUAUAGAAUGCCUUCUAUCUGUAAUAUCUGUUUAUGGUAUUAUGUACUUCCUAGCUUUGUACUAUUAGCUUUUUGGUAGUGACAAAUCUUUAGCCAAGCUCUCUAGACGCAUUAUUGUUUGGUUACAUGUUAAUUAGUAAAAAUCCUGAACUCUGGACUGGUUGUUAGAACCCCCAGGGGACUGAGACUCACACAUGCCUGACAAUAAAUACACUCGAGAGGGAACAUGGGGCGGAUACUCUGGGGAGUAUUUUAGCGAGAUUGUCAUGUUAAUGACGAACACAAAGAAAAUAAAGCAUUCAUUGCAGUCUUACUAAACAGUUUCCUGAUGUAAGUAGUUUAUUUUUUUUUAUAUGACCCUUAUUAAAAUGACGAUCGGUUAGGGUUCAUAAAAUGAUCUGUGUGUGCUGUGUGUUACAUUGUAUAUUUUCCAUAACAUUGUAUAUACUGAGAUUGUAUUAUUCCUGAUACAAUGCUUUAUAAUAAUUGUUCCUGUGUCAUUGUGUAAUUAUCUCAUUUAUUGUAAAAUUUCCCCCUUUCAUAAUAUUGUAAAGCGCUGCGGAAUUAGUUGGCGCUAUAUAAAUACUACUAAUAUUAAUAAUAAUAAUACCAUGUGGCUGUAAUCAUCAAUAGUAGAUGGCAGUCUACAGCACCAUAACCACUACAGCUCUGGAUAGUGUUGUGAUGCCUCAAGCCUGGGCCUCUCCACAGCACAUAUAGCCUGCGCCCUAUUUGGUAGCAUUGAUAACACAGAAUUUACUCUAAUACCACCAUUUACAUCUGACCCUAUUUUAGCACUCCCAUCACUGCAAUCCACGUCAGAUGGAACUGAUAUUGGUGAUGCAGGAGUGGAUAGUGUAAAUUUCACAUAUUAAUGUGGCUGGAAAGGGGGCGGACUAUGGGAGCCGUGAAAGCUGUGAAUUGUUACUGUUUUCACUGUCAUGCAGUGUGAGGGUGUUUCUAGCCACUGAGCUGUAGUGGUUAUGGUGCUUAGAGGUCCCCUUUAAUUUUAUCCAUUCCUGAAGCCAUAGUUGUUAAAUGACCUUGAUUUUGGCGUGGUCGCCCUAAUGUAAAUGUAUAUGAUAUGUGAUAAUAUUAAUAAUAGUAUAUGAUAACUACAGUACAGUUCUCUGACGUUAAAAAUUUAUGUACUUCCAAGAUAUUCACGGUUGUUUACUUAAGUGAGAAUUUAUAGUAAAUUUCAAAUUUAACCCAUGAAAGUCACAUGACGGAAAUAUUUCGUCAUGAUUCCCUUUUAUUCCAGAAAUUGUGUCCUUAAGGGGUUAAGGCCAAAGCAGCCAAACUGAUAGCACAGCUAAUUGUUCUAGUUUGGCCAUUUCGACCUUAGGUUUGAAAUUCACUUUGAAUGUACCUUGAAUUCUCUCUUUAGUGAAUGACUGUGACUAUGUGCAAGGACAGCUGCAUCUGGGAGCAUUAGUCACAGCUCUAAUAUAAAUGCAUAGGUGAUCUAGCAAGUUCGUUAAAUGCUGGAUGUUUGUAAUGAUUAACAUAGGGAGUGGUAGCAGCUUAGAAUGGACAAAGGUUCAUGAUAACUAUCGUCUUCCGCUUUUGUGUUUUAUGGGUAGGGGGCUGAGACAGCCCCCUCACCUGAUAAGCAUUUGCAUUGUAAUAUGAAAAGAUAACAUACCUAAAGGUGGUAUGUAGGGGAAGGUAACUGUAUUUUCAUUCUAAGGAAUAGUCAAAGAUUUCUGAUUAAUUGUAAAAAGGGAUAGGGGGAAAGGCUGCGCCAAAACAAUAUUAACCUAUUAUGUGUGAACAACACAGAAAGCUAUUCCAACAGUAUAUAAUAAAUACAUGAAUAAAGAUUUCUGUUUGUCUGCUUUCUCUAGGUAAAAGGACAGAAGAAAAAUUAAAUAUUACAUUUUAUUUAUGGAUUAUGUUUAACCAUUAGCCUGGUGUUUGCUUGCAUAGUCAGCGUUUUGUUUUGUUUUUGUAAAUAUCUCUUUAUUCGAUUUUCAAAGUAAGAAAGGUACAGCGUUGGGACUCGCAGGUCCCUCAAGAUUUAAUGCAUCAUUAUGGUAUGAAUAUAGUGAUUGUGAUUCAGAGACUCGCAAGUCUCAGUAAACUGGUGAGAAAAAUCUGAAGAAAUAGACGCGCAGGUCCCAUGAAACAGACUUUUUAUUAAAUACGGGUAGCAGGUAAAACACGCUUUCCGAACUCCAGGUCAUUGUGUGGCUCAGCUUGGAUCCCCAAGACCUGAAUUCCUUCCAUUGUUAUGCAAGUCCCUCAUACCCUCACUAGGUUAGUACAUAUUAUUUACAAGUGUUGAUCCCUGCCCAAGCGGGGUCCACCUUACCCAGCCAGGGGUCUGGGUGAUGUGCUAAAGGGGAGAAGUUGGGGAGAAAAGAACGGGAAGAAAAGGAGAGAGAGAGAGAGAAAAAAAAAGGAGUGGGGGAGCUUUGAGAGGGGGGAGGGAGGAGUCUGGUGUCGUCCAAGGAUGUAACAAAUCCUAUACUUACCUUGGCAGUUCACCAAUUAGCUGUUUCUCCAAUCAGGUGACCUGCCCCCUCCAGUCUUCCUGCCUGAUCGGCUAGUCUCCUGGACGCCGGCUGCUGUGCGCACACCUCUUUUGUAUGACGCAGCAUACGCGUGCUGACGUCAGGCGAUAGGCAGUACUGAGGGCAAGAUUUACAGACGUCCUCUCAUGUUUUGGGGGCAUGACUGCAUCAAUCACGCCCCCAAACAUAUAAAAGCACAUUUAGCCAGUGUUUCAGUGCCCUGUUGUGGUUCCUAGUUUACUAGUGUCCCAAAAGUGCGUUUAUAUCUGGUUUUCUACUAUUCUGAUAUUGACUCUGCUUUUUCCUGACUACUCUGAUUUCUGGUUUCCUUGACUCGGCUCUGGUAUUUCGUUUUGGUUGUUCUCUGGCUCCCUUUGACUUAGGCUUGGUUUGGCUAUUCUCUUCCUAUUACUGUCAGUCCGGCCAUUCUAAGGACCAGUUUAGGUAUUUAUUUUGUACCUAUAGGAGGGUUAUUAUUCUGUGUGUUGGGUUACCCAAUUCGUGACAGUUGGGUAAAGCCAAAUCUUCCUACGGUUCCUGGAGGUGGUUACAUCUCUAGCAGGAAAGUGUUUUAAUUGUAUGUGUAGCGCGUCUUGGCGUAACACUGCACGUACAGAGUCCAAGCACUAUAACCAAUUCGAAUUACGGAAGUGGUUAUGGUGCUUCGAGAAGCCCUUUAAUGAAUAUCCUCAGAAACUUUAGGGGUUAUUUAUCAAAUGUACUUUAGUAGUCUAAAGUACUAAAAGUUGGGCAAUCACCACAGGUGACUUCACCCCCUUUACAUCUGUGCACCACUAUUAAAGAUACAACACUUUUUUUCCCAUUCUUUAUUUUGGUUGUAUAGGUUACAUACAACAGUUCAGCAUCACUAGGAAACAUAUCAUAAAUACCAAUUAAAUAGGAAACAUAUCAUAAAUACCAAUUAAACAGAAGUGCCAAUAUCUGGAGAGAGGCUUCAAUAACACACGCUGAAAGAGUAGCACCUGAGCCAUAUAUUAAGUUAUGAAACACUACGAUUCGCACUCUCUGCUAACAGAAAGCAAUAAGUAAAAAAAAAAAUUUUUAAUUUAAAAAUGAUAAGAGUUGCUUGUAGUAUCCUGCUUGAUAUGACAUAUUUGAUAUCAGACAUAAUAACUCGAAGAUACUUAGCAAUACUAGGUGAUACUAGGUAAAGAUUCCCUCCUUCGUUAGAUGCUCACCCAGUCUCCACUCCUUCAAAAAAUCAUUAAAAACCCACUUCUUCAUAAAAGCGUAUCAAUUAAACUGUUAAUAGCUCCUAACUGAUUCCGCUUCUGCAACUGUCACUAGUCUAAUACUAUCCUUACCUUUUGUGUCAUUUUACCCCACUCCCUCUAGCAUGUAAGCUCAUUGAGCAGGGCCCUCAACACCUCUGUUCCUGUGUGUCCAACUUGUCUGGUUACAACUACAUGUCUGUUCGUCCACCCAUUGUAAAGCACUGCGGAAUUUGACGGCGCUCUAUAAAUAUCAUAAUAAUAAUAAUAAUAAUAAUAAAAAAGGAAAACUCCAUAUAGUGUAAAUAGAGUACACUACAGCAUACAUUCUAUGGAAGCUUAAGAAUAAAAUGCUCUCAGAUAAACAUAACUGUAACUAUGCAUGCAGAAUUCAAUAAGAGAAAUACCGGUAAUUCUUGCUGUAGUAAGAAUCUGUGGUUUAAGAUACAACACUUUUUAUGCAUAAUCUCCAGUAUCUCUGAAUUACAGCAAAUUGGUCCAAAUUUAUAUGAAAUUAGAAGCUAGCGUUUAGUCCUACAUGCAUGGCAGCACUAAUGCUUUUAGUAUUACAUUGUAAUAAUUAACCCUCUAAAAUAAAGUCUCGUGACUGAUAGCUUUGUGCUUAUGCCGCUCAAGGAAUUGGAGCUAUCAGUACUUCCCAUAAAAAUAUCACACUGCUCAUUACAAACGCUUGAUUAGAUAUGCUUAGUAUUUAUGAAUUUACAUCUGUUCUGAGUCACAUGGAUGUUAAGAGACUUUCCAUUUUCCCCAUCCUUCCUUAUCAGAGCACCAAUAAAGAUAAGAGAAGAUGCAUGACUAUAUAUAACAUAUAUAUACCUACGCUAACAAUUAUGACAGACAAAUGAACACAAGAAUAAAAAAUUUGGGUUUUUUUUACAGUGAAAAAGGAAGUUUAACACACACGGGAAAAGAAUUGCAGCACAUCAAAAAAAAUAAAAAAAAUUUAAAAAGUGAAAAAUAAAAAUAUAGUGUAAUAGUUUCAUUAAUGAGGUUUGAUUUUGUACUCACACAAUUUCACUGCAGCUUGUAGUUAUAUCUUGGGUCUUUAUUCAAUAAAUCAUAUGGGCAUAUUACAACCAUAACAAUGUUAUGUUAACUCGGGGUGUCAGAGAGGAUUAUUUACUAAUGUGUGAAUUGUCGGCAUUCGAUGGGAAUUUGAAAUUUGAAGCCAUAUUGAAGAAGUCAGCUAUAUAUUCAGUUUAGCUAUUUUGGCUUAAUAUUGUAAUUGUGCUUUUAAUUAAUUACAAUGUAAUAGCCCACCAGAGAGUUUACACUUUAUAAAUAUAGGGUAAUAUCAGUAGUGAACACCUACUUUAGUAGUAGUUUUUUUUAGUAGUGAAUUCCUCUUCUGCGACUGUCACUAGUCUAAUACUAUCCUUACCUUUUGUGUCAUUUUACCCCACUCCCUCUAGCAUGUAAGCUCAUUGAGCAGGGCCCUUAAGCCCUCUGUUCCUGUGUGUCCAACUUGUCUGGUUACAACUACAUGUCUGUUCGUCCACCCAUUGUACCACGCUGCGGAAUUUGACGGCGCUAUAUAAAUAUCAUAAUAAUAAUAAUAAUAACACCAAGUUCGAGUGCACUGAUUAUCAGACUGAAUCUCCAAGUAACAAGACUUUCUGUGCUGAGGGCUAUCGCAUUAGCCAUUUUAAAGGAUAAAUAUUAAUGAUACAUUCUGCAUAGCGACAUAUUAAAAUGGCUAUCUGGCUGUUUAUGCGUAAAGAGAAAAAUUAUUCAGAUGGACACUAUAGGCACCCAGACCAUAUCAUUUAAAUGAAGUGGUUUUGGUGCAGUUUUUUCCUUUUUUUAACCCUGCAAGGGAAAACGGCAAUGAUUUAAUUGCAAGGUUUAAGUACACUCAGACAGUCACUAGAGGCACUACACAGCAAGUAAAACUGCUAUUUUUAUCAGACUGUUUAUAAAAGAUGUGCACUAACCUCCCAAUGCUUUUCUUACCGGAAAGCAUUGGAUUGGCUAAGAUCCUCGAUUUCCGUGAUCUCGCGACGGAGGCAGGUCUAGCCAUAGAGAAAGCACCGCAGCAUAGAAGAAAAGGUAAAUGAAGUAACUUAUCAGGAACUCGGAGGGCAGAGCAGAAAACUAAAUGGCUACCUAACACUCUAGCAUUAGGAAUAGAGAACACUCCAAGCAUAACCACUAGAGCAUGCUGUAGAGCAGGGGUGCCCAAUAGGUAGAUCCACAGAUGUUGUAGAACUACAAUUCCUAUUAUGCUUUGCAUGCCUCUAGAAUGCCUUUACAAUGACAAAGCAUCACGGGAUCUGUAGUUUUAAAACAUGGGGAUCUACCUUUUGAUGGCCUCUGCAGUAGAGAUUAUGGUACCUUGAGUGUUUGUUGCCCACUCCCCAGGGUUAUGGGGGACUGAAGAGAUACAUAGGGGGUUGCAGAGAUUCAUGAGGGUUUUUAAAGUCUUCUUGCACCCUAAUCACUGCAUUCAGUUCUAGUAGCUAUAAAUACUUAGAAUGUUGCCUUCAGAUUGUUAAAUUUCAGGGAAUGCCAAAGGACAAAUCUGCCCCAGUUGCCAGCUACAAUGCUUCUGGGCAGCACUUGUUUAUUCUGCCUAAUAAUAAUUGUGAACUACAGAUACUUUUGUAAUUUAAACAGUCCAAUUCUAGUAAUUUUCAUAAACAGUAUCCUGUAAUGUGCAUAUUAAGCUCAAUUGUAAUUUAUAUUUUUUCUUCUACUUUAACAGGUCAGCAAUGUUGUCUUCUUUGUGGCUGGACCACUCAUGAUGUACCUGCUGCACCCUUAUGCCUGUAAACGCACCCUAGCUGUUCAUCUCGUUUGGACCAUGUUCACCUUAGUCGGUAUGGAAUGUGGCUUUUUUUUAAUAUUUGUGUGGGUUUGUUAAGUGAAUGUCCUUCUUUAGUUAUAUAACAAAGGGAGUUAAAAAAAAAUAGAUACACAACAGUGAAGAAAUCAGGUGGUCUGGCGUGUGUUAAUGCACCAUUGGGAUCUGUGCUAUUUACAGAGAUUUAAAGAUUUCCCCUGACUAUUGUGUAGAUAACAGUUCUGACUCUCCCCACACACAGACCUAUAUCUCAUAGAUUACUUUAGAUGCUGUUUUUGGCCUCAUGAUGCAUUGAAGUAGAAUGGGACUUUCUAUUGUGGAGCUCUGCACGAAACCAUAUAGGACUGGAAAGGGACAAUGACAUAUAGUUCUGUAACAGUGCCAAGAUAAAAUGGUGAGCUGCAAAGAUAUUAAAGGAACGAUGAAACGUUAGGAAUACAAACAUAUAAUGCUAUAGAGGUACCGUACCUAUUUAGGUGUCUAUCACCCCCCCCCCCCUGUAAAAGAUUAUAAUGUAGAAUUAACCUACCUUUACUCCCUUAACACGCUGGUCUAGCUGUGACCUCUCUGCCUCCUUGGCUGAGAUCAUACAGAUUGAUUACCUCAGCCAAUUGUAGGGCUAAUGCGUAUGUGUGGCAGAAGGCUGGAAGAGACCACCUGCAAUCGAUAUGCAUCAGGAACAUGACAGUGAAGUUAAAUAAAAUAUUUAUUUUAAAAAACUUUGAAAAUAUAUAAAUAAAAAUAAAUUGGCAAAAUGUAUGCAGCUUCCAAGACGCGUUUGGCCAAUUCUUCAGGGUUUAUAAAUAGAGGUUUAAUCCUGGAGAGGUAGAUACACAUUUGUUGAUCGCCUCUGCGAUACGCAUUGCUGGGUUGAUUAGGGCAAUUGUAUAUGUAGUUUUGUGCCUGUUGAAGCAUGGUCCUGUUGCUCCCAUCAGCUGCAUACCAAGGAUGAAGGUCCUCUCUCAUGCAGAUAGUAAACAAUGGGUAGAAGUGAUAAUGUAAGAGGGUAUAAUGUCACCUUUGAACAUAAGAAGGGAAAAUAAAAAAUGAGUAAGAAAAGUUACAGAGAAUGUGCUAAAAAGGUGACAAAAUAGAAGGAGAGGGAGUUCUAAUGAGAGUGUAGGAAAAUGGGCUCAACAAGAAACACAAGCUUAAAUAUCGAAGAGAGGUUUGAGUGCAUCGGUUGGAAAAAUGAAAAACAUACUUGAUACAGCAUAUAUAGAAGUUGAUUUUACUAUUAUUUAACAUUUUAUUAUUUUAAAAUUAUAUACUGUAUACGUAGCAUGUGUCUGCUCAAACAGCCAGAAACAGACUCCAUGAGGGUGGUAUAAGGGCCCAAUGUCCACAGGUUGUGCUUACAGUCCAACACCGUGCAGGACGUUUGGCAUUUGCUAGAGAACACCAAGAUUGGCAAAUUCGCCACUGGCGCCCUGUGCUCUUCACAGAUGAAAGCAGGUUCACAUUGAGCACAUGUGACAGACGUGACAGAGUCUGGAGACGCCGUGGAGAACGUUCUGCUGCCUGCAACAUCCUCCAGCAUGACCGGUUUGGCAGUGAGUCAGUAAUGGUGUGGGGUGGCAUUUUUUUGGGGGGACCGCACAGCCCUCCAUGUGCUCGCCAGAGGUAGCCUGACUGCCAUUAGGUACAGAGAUGAGAUCCUCAGACCCUUUGUAAGACCAUAUGCUGGUGUUGUUGGCCCUGGGUUCCUCCUAAUGCAAGACAAUGCUAGACCUCCUGUGGCUGGAGUGUGUCAGCAGUUCCUGCAAGAGGAAGGCAUUGAUGCUAUGGACUGGACCGCCCGUUCCCCAGACCUGAAUCCAAUUGAGCACACCUGGGACAUCAUGCCUCGCUCCAUCCACCAACGUCACGUUGCACCACAGACUGUCCAGGAGUUGGCAGAUGCUUUAGUCCAGGUCUGGGAGGAGAUCCCUCAGUAGACCAUCCACCACCUCAUCAGGAGCAUGCACAGGGAUUGUAGGGAGGUCAUACAGGCACGUGGAGGCCACACACACUACUGAGCCUCAUUUUGACUUAUUUUAAGGACAUUACAUUGAAGUUGGAUCAGCCUGUAUUGUGUUUUUCCACUUUGUGUCUCCAAAUCAAGACCUCCAUGGGUUGAAAAAUUUGAUUUCCAUUUUUUAAUUUUUGUGUGAUUUUGUUGUCAGCACAUUCAGCUAUGUAAAGAACAAAGUAUUUCAGAAGAAUAAUUAAAUUCAUUCAGAUAUAUGAUGUGUUAUUUUUGUGUUCCCUUUAUUUUUUUGAGCAGUGUAUAUAUAUUGCUGUAAAUAUAUAUAUCAAAUAUAUAUAGCACUCCACAGAAUCCAACACUUGACAAGCCAGUAGAGAAACACUGGAGUGCAAUCUCAGAGCCAAAAUAUAGUCACCAAGAAGAGCACACUCAACCAAAUCUAUGCUUCAAAACAAUUAGGUGCUUUAUUCACAUAAUAAAUGUAUGGACAUUUCUGUCCUAAGGAUAGUCCUGAUAAAGGUCCCUGUAUGGACUGGAGCACUGAUUUAUCUAUUAUGUGAAUAAGAUACCAAAUUUAUCAAAGCAUAAAUUGGGUUAAGUGCACUGUUCUUGAUGACCAAAUAUAAUUAAGGCUGACAUUCCACUACAAUUCAUUCCUGUGACUCACAAAGCAUGGCUGAAAGGCGACCUGUACAAAUAAGUAGCUACAUAGUCCAGGUCUCCAUAAGUGUACAUAAAUAUCAACAAUUUCAACAACAAGAGCCUUGGAAAUCUCAGGACAAUGGCUUUUAAGUGUAAUUAUGCUGUCUGCCAAGUUUGUUUUAUAUAUAUUUAUAUAUCAUUGUCUAUGGAUGCAGCCAUUCCAAGUUUUUUUUUAAAAUGUAUAUGUAGAAUGAAUUAAGUGUUUCAUCCGUUUCCUUGACAUGUGGAAUCAGUAACGUUAUUGCUUCCCCAUAGGCCUCUUCUCUGCAUACUACCACAUGACCUUGAGCUACUUGGGGCAAAUGCUGGAUGAGCUCUCCAUUCUGUGGGUGAUUGCUUUGGGCUAUUCUGUAUGGUUUCCCAGGCCCUACUUUCCGGAAUUCAUCAAGAACAGGUACGAUCAACCAUCUUCCAGCCAUAAGUUUUCUGCCUGUUCAUUUUGGUAAAAUAUCUCAACCUGAAAUAGAUUCUUUCUCCCGAUUAUGUCGAUUUUCUUACUUUAUUCCAGGCAGAAGGGUUAGCUACUGUGGUAGCUACUGUCCAAUUUCAGGGCUGAUUAUUUCAGUUCUUCUCUCUAAUGUAAUGAUUGAUUUGGCAAAUUACAUUGUUUAAGCGUCUACAAUAUGAAUGUUAUGCACUAAAGUAUGAAACAUUGGGAAUUCAGAGUGAAUUUCAAAAUUUAGGUUAAAAUAUCUAAAACUGAAAACUCAACUGGUUUCAAGAAUGUAUCCGUUUGGCUAUCUUGACUUAGAAUUCGCCACAAUUACCACCUCAGUGAAUACCCUGUCACUUUACUACCUACCUGUUUUACAACUGCUCGGACCUCUCAUGGCCAUUGGAGGUAACUAAAAACCUCCAUUUGUUUAAAUAUGCUUAUGGAUUUGGGAAAGAGCGCAGGUAACUUUUUUUCAUUGGUUUUUACUGUGUAUAUUUGGGCUGAUGUGUGAUAUGGUCGCUGCUGCUGCCCAGGAGUAGUGGGAGUUUGAGCGCAUGACUUUUUUUUGUAAAAUGUAUAUAUUGACUACUUUAACUGAAAUGUAAUCUGUAUAUCACCCAGUAUGUGGGUUAUUUGUUUUUGUUUUUUUUAUAAUUUUUUACUGAAAAUGGCAUUUCAUUUUAUAUGCUACUCUACGGUUGCUCCACGAGUACAACCAUCCUUGAGUCCUCUUUGGUGAGAAGCACCACUAAACCAUUCUUCUUUAACCUAAAAAUCGUUAAAAAGAGUAUCAAUUAAACUGUUAAUAGCUCCUGACUGAUUCCUCUUCUGCAACUGUCACUAGUCUAAUACUAUCCUUACCUUUUUGUGUCAUUUUACCCCACUCCCUCUAGCAUGUAAGCUCAUUGAGCAGGGCCCUCAACCCCUCUGUUCCUGUGUGUCCAACUUAUCUGGUUACAACUACAUGUCUGUUCGUCCACCCAUUGUAAAGCGCUGCGGAAUUUGAUGGUGCUCUAUAAAUAUAUAAUAAUAAUAAUAAUAAUAAUAAUAAUAAUAAUAAAACCGUGUAGCUAGUGCACAUUCAUGAAUUCUGGCAUCAUAAGAAAAUGCAGAACAUUUUAAAAAUGUAUUGUGGGUUGGUUUCAUCCACUCUCAUUCUGCAUGAUCUAAGACAGGGGUAGGCAACCUUCAGCACACACACAUUAAAAUGAUACACAUGUAGGAUAUAAUAAUACAUGCAAUAUUUCAUUCUAAAUUAAUUAUUUGCUCAUUUAUCUUUUACUCGGUCAGUGCCACAGAGGCAACUCUUAAGGCUUAAAAACUGCAGUGUUUUAAAUUUUAGGGCUAAAAGGACAGGACUACUUCACGCAGACCACUUUAUUGGUGGUUUUAGUGUAAUUUAAAGUACCCCUGUCGCUUUUUUAUUUCCGUUUUCCUUUCCUUGUGUCCCUUGUAUUUUAAUUAUUAUAGUCAAGUAUGGAACUUGAACUCUUACAAAUUUUGGUGACCCUGUGCCCCGCUUCCCCUGCUCCUUAUGUCUCUGGCCUCCCUUCAUCUUUCACUUGUGUCUCUAUCGCCGCCACCCACCCCCUUGUGACUUCCUUUCCAUCAGUCCUGGGCGUGGGACCCAUUAGCCCAGGAAUACACAACCUAAAUACAAAAAAUCCCAAGCUUACAUGUUUGCUAUUUAACCAGUAGAUGGCGCACACAGAUGCUUUCAUGUUACAUAGCAUAAUGAUAUAUUAUUAUUACUGGUAUUUAUAUAGCGCCAGCAUAUUCCGUAGCACUUUACAAUAUUAGCAAACGGGGAGAUUUAACAAUAAAUGAGACAAUUACAAAAUCUUACAGGAACAAUAGGUUGAAGAGGGCCCUGCUCAAACGAGCUUACAGUCUAUAGAUAUAUAAACUAUAAAAUCAUUGAUAAAAUUCCUUUGUUGUUCAGAAAAAAUGGUUUAUUUAUAACCUGAGAUAACAGCUUAGAAUGUAGACAAAAGUAGUCCACAUGUGUCUUGAAAGCAAAUUAUUGUCCAGAAAUAUAUCUUCCUACUUGACAUUUCUUGUGCCUGUAUACUAUUCAUGAUCGGGUUAGUUGCCCUAAAAGAUAUUUUACAAUUAUUUUAGAAAAUGUCUUAAACUGUAGAUUGCAUGUGACCAUAUAAAAAAAAAAGCCUUAAUUCUUUAAAUUAAAAUGUCCUAGUAACUCUUCUUACCAUCUCUCCAGGAAUCAGUUUGGAACUGCCAUUUUUAUCAUUGCUACGAUCAGUACGGCGCUGUCAUUUGCGAAGCCUGUGAUCAACGCCUAUGUCUUGAACUGUAUAACGUUCCACAUACUAUACAUAAUGGUGAAGGAAAUUAGAAAGUAAGUAUUCUUCGCAAUAUACCUUCACCUCUAUCUUAUAUACAGAGGUGGAAGAUAGACUUCUCACCUUCUCCAAAAAUACACACACCAGGAUAUAUACCCUUGCUAUUCCUAAUAUAUAGACAUGAAACAUCCUUCUUCGUAAUACACAGACAUCCAUUUAUGUGCACGCUUACCAUUUCUAGAUUUCCUCUUGUUCCGGGCUGGCUAAUGACAUCCCAAUGACGCUGCUAGAGGUAGAGUUACACCUCCGGUAGCAGAAGGGUUAAACUUUGCAUGUGCAGUAUUUUAUAGCAAACAGCUGCACAUACAGGCUGUGUGCACCAUGACCACUUCAAAUCACAGAAGUGGGCAUAGUGCUUGGAGUAACCCAUUAAAGGUUCUGGUUAUUCUGUGGGGUUAUGUCAGUUAGAUUUGAAGAUUUAGGGUUAGGCUAUGAGCUUGAGGUUAAGCCUGUGGUUAUGGGAGUUAAAGGGACACCAUAAACACCAAAACAACUUAGCUUAAUGGAGUGGUUUUCUUGUAUAGAUCAGGCCCCUGCAGUCUAACUGCUCAAUUCUCUGCCAUUUAGGAGUUAAAUAACUUUGUUUAUACACAGAACUAAAGAAGCAAGAAUUGUUUCAGUGGGAGAAGAGUAAGAGGAAAAAAGAGUGUAACAAAAAAUAUAUAUACAUGGUACAAAGUACAUUAAACAUCACUUUUAUUAAAUUACUUAAAAACAAGAUGCACAUGCAAACAUAAUAUUAAUCACAUUAGUAGACUGUCACCUCAAUAGUGCAUUUGAAAUAAUGUCCAGAAAAAUGGAUUUUAAACAUAACAAAUUACACUAGUGAACUAUCAUCUAAAUUGUGCGUUUAAUAUCAGGAAUAGUGAAUUAUCAGAGAAAAGUGUACUACAGUAAAGUACGAGAAGUCAACAGUGCUUAUAUACUAAAAUAUCAGCAAUCUCAAAGCCAUAUGCUAAUGAAUUUUCCCAAGGUAUGUACAUUAUAUAUUUGUGCUGUAAUCUUCCGACUUAACUAGUAGCAAGCUCCUCCAUUUGCAUAAGGUGGCAAAAACUGUUCUAAAGCACAUUACUGACCUCCUCUGGCACAAUAAACAGGAGGUCUGUUGACUGAACAAAGAAUUGCUGAUUUGUUAUAAAAAAUUAACAGACAGAUGAGUAAGUAACAGUAGUGGGAAGGCGAAAUGUACACAUUGUUGCCUAAAAUAGCAGCCUAAAAGUGUUUAGUGAUAAUAAUAUAAUGUAAAAGAUACAUAAUACAGAUGCAAGAGAAAGGAUAGAGAAGUAUUGUGGAAGGAAGCAAAAAAUAAAUAUCUAUUUGAUAACACCAUUUCAUAGACAAAUAGGUCCUAAUAGGAUGAAAUCAAUUUAUAAAAUCCCUACUGUGCCUUCGAGGGCACCCCACUAUAGUGAUAAACGCAAUAAAUCACACUGAAAUUAUAAUUUUUCCAUCUCCCAACCUGAUCUAAUGUAUGUAAUCACAAUCAGGGGGAAGCUGAAAAUAAUUAUUCCCAAAAUAAGGUAGAUAUUGGUCUUGAACAUAGCAUAAUAGAACAUGUAUAGAGUGAAACUUGACAAGCCACUUUGUUUAUACAGCCCUAGCCACACCUCCCCUGCAUGUGACCUAUACAGUCUCCCCACACUUUUCCUGAAAAGAGAGAUCUAAUGUUCAUACUUCCUUUAUUGCACAUUCUGUUUACUUUCGAAUUUCUUAACUCUUGCUCUGUUAAUAGCCUUCUGGAUCCUGCAGAUGCCUCCUGUGUGUGAUAAAAGUCAAAUUAACAGAGCAGAAGACAAAAAUCUCUAAAGUAAGCAUGCUGUUUAGAUUGAAAAUGGAACACUUUGUUUCCAUUUUCCGUCUCAGUCACGGUCAUGGGAGGUUUAGCUAGGCCUGCAUAAACAGAAACAAAAGUUACACUAUAGUACCAAAAAAAAAUUAUAUUCAUGAAGCAGUUUUGGUGUAUAGAUCAUGCCUAUGAAGUCUCACUGUUCAAUUCACUGCCAUUUAGGAGUUAAAUCACUUUUGUUUCUGCUUAUGUAGCCCUAGCCACAUCUCCCCUGGCUGUGACUGACACAACCUGAAUUGAAGAAAAAUGGUCUAAUUUUCAAUCAGAUAUAACUUUCUUUAAAAGUUUUUAUCUGCUGCUCUGUAAAUUGAACUUUAAUUAUGUACAAUAGGCUUCUGUAGAGUCUAGCAAACUUUUAACAGAACGGGAGAAAAUAUAUUCUCAGUUAAACAGAAUUUGCAAUAAAGGAAGUAUAAACAUUAGAUGACUCUUCACAGGAAGGGUUUAGGAAGGCUGUGUAAGUCACAUGCAGGGAGGUGUGAUUAGGGUUCAUAAACAAAGUGAUUUAAUUCCCAAAUGGAAGAGAAUUGCUCUAUACACCAAAACUGUUUCAUUAAGCUAGAGUCGUUUUGUUGACUAGUGUCCCUUUAACGCCUAAAUGACAGAGAAUUGUUCAGUGAGAUUGCAUGAGGCAUGAUCUAUACAAUAAGCUUCAUUAAGCAAUAGUUGUUUUUGUGCUUAGAGUGUCCCUUUAAACUUCUUGGGUUCAUGACACUUAGGUUUUGGUGUUAGAUAUGGCAUUAUUUCUUUUUGGAAUCACAAUGACGUGGACUGCAACUACCAGCAUUCACACCCAAGCUCUUUAGGCAUCACCAAUCUCUUGCAAAAGCACCCUUAUCUAUCACACUUAGGGCUAUUCAAAUGUUAUACUUACUUUAUAUACACCCUGUUCCAAAUUAUUAUGCAAAUUAUUUUUUUCUCAUUUACCUAAAUAAUUGAUGUAAAUAACAGUCAGCAUAAUUCUCAUGUUAUCAACUAUUAAGAGUACAAUUCAAAUUUUAUUGAACAAACUUCCUAAUGAUAACAGUAUUAUUUUUAAACAUAAAAAAACUUACAAUGCCCUGUUCCAAAUUAUUACGCACAUUACGUUUCAAAACACUUUAUAGGUUGUAAAGAACUGAAAAUUGUCAUUUGUUGUGUUUGAAGGAUAUUUACUGAAAUCAAAAGCUAUUUCAAUCAAACUUAUAACAACAUUUUAACUUUUUAAACGUUUUAACAGGUCACGUUACAUUUUAACAUAGGACCCCUUAUUUGAUAGCAGCUUCACAAGUCUUGCAUCCAUUGAACUUGUGAGUUUUUGGACAGUUUCUGCUUGAAUUUGUUUGCAAGAUGUCAGAAUAGCCUCCCAGAGCUGCUGUUGGAUGUAAACUGCCUCCCACCCUCAUAGAUCUUUUGCUUGAGGAUGCUCCAAAGGUUCUCAAUAGGAUUGAGGUCAGGGAGGAUGGAGGCCACACCAUGACUUUCUCUCCUUUUAUCCCCUUAGCAGCCAUUGAUGCAAAGGUAUUCCUUGCAGCAUGAGAUGGUGCAUUGUCAUGCAUGGAGAUGAUUUUAUUACGGAAAGCAUAGUUCUUCUUUCUGUACCAGGGAAGAAAGUGGUCAGUCAGAAACUUCAAAACUUUGCAGCAGUGGCGUCGCUAGGGGGGGGCAGAGGGGGCCAUGGCCCCCCCUACAUCAUGCUGUGCCCCCCCUUGUGCCCACCCAAAUGCCAGCAACUUGCUGGCCAUGUGUUUAAAUUAUAUUCCCUCGGACUGUAACAGUCUGUUACAGCCCGAGGGAAUGUAGGACACAGGAGCUGGAUGCUGUCUGUGGAGAGAUGCUGGGGCCGGAGGGAGCACUGACAGGCUCCCCGGCAAGGCCCCGCCCCCAAAUGAAGCCCCGCCUCCCGCACAUAAGCCCCACCCCCGCCAUAAAGCAGCAGACCUUGCUGCUGCUGGAAAGGCCAGAAGAUGGCUGUCUGACUGCCCAGCAACAGGCUCCAGUGACAGGUAGGCUUGAUAUGCUAGUGUGUGUGUGUGUGUGUCUCUGCUAGUGAGGAAGCUUGUGUGUGUGUGUGGACUCAGCAGUCUGUGUGUGUGUGUCUGUGUGUAUGGACACAGCAGUCUGUGUGUGUGUGUGUGUGUGUGUGUAUGGACUCAGCAGUCUGUGUGUGUGUGUGUAUAUAGACUCAGCAGUCUGUGUGUGUGUGUGUGUGUAUAUGGACUCAGCAGUCUGUGUGUGUGUGUGUGUAUGGACUCAGUCUGUGUGUGUGUGUAACUCAGCAGUGUGUGUGUGUAUGAACUCAGCAGUCUGUGUGUGUGUGUGUGUAUGGACUCAGCAGUCUGUGUGUGUGUGUGUGUGUGUGUGUAUGAACUCAGCAGUCUAUGUGUGUGUGUGUAUGGACUCAGCAGUCUGUGUCUGUUCAUGGACUUAGCGGUCAUGUGUGUAUGGACUCAGCAGUCUGUGUGUGUAUGAACUCAGCAGUCUGUGUGUGUGUUUGGACUCAGCAGUCUGUGUGUGUGUGUGUAUGGACUCAGCAGUCUGUGUGUGUGUGUGUGUGUUUGUGUAUGGACUCAGCAGUCUGUGUGUGUAUGGACUAAUCAGUCUGUGUGUGAGUGUAUGGACUCAAAGUCUGCAUGUCUGUGUGUGUGUAUGUGUGUAUUGACUCAGCAGUCUGUGUGUGUGUAUGGACUCAGCAGUCUGUGUGUGUGUGUGUGUGUGUGUGUGUGGACUUAGCAGUCUCUGUGUGUGUAUGGACUCAGCAGUCUUUGUGUGUAUGGACUCAGCAGUCUGUGUGUCUGUGUGAAUGUAUGGGCUCAGCAGUCUCUGUGUGUGUGUAUGGACUCAGCAGUCUGUGUGUUUGUGUGUGUGUAUAUGGACUCAGCAGUCUGUGUGUGUGUGUAUUUGUGUGUGUGGACUCAGCAGUCUGUGUGUGUGUGUGUGUGUGUGUAUGGACUCAGCAGUCUGUAUGUGUGUAUGGACUCAGCAGGCUGUGUGUACGUGUAUAAAUCAGCCUGUGUGCAUUUAGCAACGCCUGUGUGCAUUCAGGAGUCUGUAUGCAUUCAGAAAUCUGUGUGUGUGUAUGUGUGUGUAUAUAUUCAGCAGUGUCUCGGUGUUCGUAUUCAGUGUACUGUGUGUAUGUACUCAGCAGUCUAUCAAUAAUUAAAAUUUUUAUUCCUGUGAGUUAUUGUGUAGGAAGGGCCCCAGUGCACUGCUUUGCCCAGGGGCCCUUAAUGCUGUUAAGAUGGUACUGCUUGUGUGUGUCAGUGAGCUUCUAUUUAGUGAGCAUGUGUGUGUCAGUGAGCUUGUCUUUAGUGAGAUUGUGUGUGUCCCUGAACUUCUUUGUAGUGAGCCAUGUGUUUAUACAAGUGUGUUUGUCUGUAGUAAGCUUGUGUGUGUUAGAGAGUUUUGUCUGUCAGUAAGCCUAUUUGCGCUUGUCAGUGAGCUUGUGUGCUUACUGUAAUAUAUAUAUAUAUAUAUAUGAAUAUAUAUAUAUAUAUUGACUUGUAGGAAUGGCAUACAUUUCUUUCCAGGGCUGCUUUGGAUUCCCAGUUUGGCUCUGCCAGCGAGUGCGCUCUACCGCUGAAUCAUCUGUGUGAGCUGCCGCACACUUUAGCCCUGUUACACGCGUCUGGGAGCUGCUGUUGACAGGUACUAGUAGUCUAGAGAUUGGUACAUGGGGUAUAUGCUCAGCUAUCUGCAUAAUACAAUAGUGCUGUUCUCUGUAUAAUACAGAUCUGUGUGUGUAUAAUAUCCCGGGAUAGUCAGUGCUUCCUGUAUAGUGCUGCUCUUUGUAUAAUACAGGUCUGUGUCUGUAUAAUAUCCUGGGACAGUCAGUGUUCCCUGUAUAGUGCUGCUUUCUGUAUAAUACAGGCCUGUGUCCAGGUAUAUUAUACACAAACAGUAAUUGAUAGUUGUGUUGCAAAAUGUCCUUGGAAAUUUUUUUCAAAUGUUGGCAACUAUGGCACUGUAUCAAGGUAAAUGUGUUUGUUUUUUAAUAAUCCCUGGUGGAAAAUAAUUAAUCCUCCACCAGGGAUUAUUAAAAAAAAACAACACAUUGUGUCUGGGGGGGGGGGGGCUUAACAUGCAGCAGGUGUGGGGUCAAACUGUGGCGAGGGAGGAGUUAAAUGUGCCCUUCUACUUUUGUCCCUGGCCCACCAUGUGCCCCCCCUAAAAAUGAAUCCUAAAUACGCCACUGCUUUGCAGAGGUCAUCUUUACAUCUUCUGGGACCCUAAAGGGGCCGACCAGCUCUCUUCCCAUGAUUCUGGCCCAAAACACAACUCCACCACCGCCUUGCUGACAUCGCAGCCUUGUUGGAACAGGGUGACCGUCCACCAACCAUCCACUACUCCAUCCAUCUGGACCAUCCAGGGUUGCACAGCACUCAUCAGUGAACAGGACUGUUUGAAAAUUAGUCUUCAUGUAUUUUUCUGCCCAAUGCAGCCGUUUCUGCUUGUGAGCAUUGGUUAGUGGUGGCCGAAUAGAAGGUUUAUGCACAGUUGCAAGACUCUGGAGGACUCUACACCUUGAUGUCCAUGGGACUCCAGAGGCACCAGCAGCUUCAAAUAUCUGUUUGCUGCUUUGUAAUGGUAUUUUAGCAGCUGCUCUCUUGAUCCGAUGCAUGGAUCUGGCAGAAAUGUUCCUCAAUGUGCCUUUAUCUGCACAAACCAGUCUGUGCUCUGAAUCAGCCUCAAAUCUCUUAAUAGUGCGAUGAUCACGCUUAAGUUUUCAUGAAAUAUCUAAUGUUUUCAUACCUCAUCCAAGGCAUUGAACUAUUUCACUCUUUUCGGCAGCAGAGAGAUCCUUUUUCUUCCCCAUAUUGCAUGAAAAUGGUGCCCUGCUUAAUAAUGUGGAACACCCUCCUUUAGUAGUUUUUCCUUAAAUUGGGCUCACCUGGCAAUCUAAUUAUUACAGGUGUCUGAGAUUGUUUUCAGUGAUCAAAAGAGCCCUGAGACACAAUGCCAUCCAUGAGUUAAACUGAAAAACAAAAUCUUUGUGACACUUAAAUAGAAUUUGCAUAAUAAUUUGGAACAGGGUAUAUACAGAACAUCCUAAUAUCAGCAACAGUUAUUUAAUCAAAGAAGAUUUAAUCCACAGGGUUCUGGGAUUUUUCCACUCAGUGACAGAUAAAGCAGGAUGAAUAUUCUUUUAUCCUUUCUAUUAUACAUGCAUGUAUUAUUAAGCAUUUAUGUACUGAUUGCACCUGAUAAGACAUCAUAUUCAGUUUCAGGAUCUAGAUUUAGUUUACAAUGGGUUAGGAAAGCCCAGAGAGGCCAUGUAUUUUUUAUUUUUUCUGACUUGUUAUGCCGAGAAAACAAGUUACACAAGUUUGUUAUGUUGACAUAACAUGUUGUUUUCUCAAAAUAACAAGUGAGAAAUAUAGAGGAGAGAGCUGCUUAUUUGCUUAUCAGGGACAGCGGCAGCAAGGAGUAUAUAGGUGAGGGCCUUUGUCACACUCUACCAUGCGGUGCCUGGUUACAUUUGCAUGUCCUCUAAUCCCCCCUUUUAUUACCUUGAAUCUGUUUUGUUCAGGUGUACUGUUCAGGAAAUCCGUAAUUUGGCAUUCCUUGCGUUCGUCUUGUGGGUUGUGGCCAUUUCCUGCUGGCUCAGUGACCGUUUGUUUUGUAGCUUCUGGAGAACGAUCAACUUUUCUUAUCUGCACAGCAUAUGGUGAGGAGGCCUGAUAAACCAUGUAUUAUUAUUAUUAUAACUAUUAUUUUACUCAUUUAGCAAGGCAGGUUAGCAGGUAAACAUACAGGAGUGGAAGGCAGUCGGUGGCACUUGGUAAUCAGCUAUGAUUUUAUUAGUUAUAUUUAAUUUUUAACCAUUUUUAUUAUAAAUACAUUGUAUGCUAGACAGUCUGUUUAUUAUAAAAUUAUUUAUAUUGUACGGACAGACAGUCUAGGUCUAGUGAAGACUAGAGUUACCUACAAUGCCAAAUCAGUGGUCUUUCCUCUGCAGAUGUCUGAGUGAGCAUGAAGGGUAGCAUGUGUUUUGUUUGUUUGUUUGUUUGUUUGUUUGUUAGUUAGUUAGUUUGUUUUUUAAUGCAUGUGUGUAGGUAGGAUAGUGGCUGUAGUGUGUAAGGGUAUAGAGGAUGUAGUUUAUGUGGGUGGGAAAGGGGAUGUAGUAUGUGAGGGUAUAGAAGAUGUAGUUGUGUGGGUGGGAUAGGGGAUGUAGUGUGUGAGGCAAUAGAGGAUGUCAUUUGUAUGGGUAGGAUAGGGGAUGUAGUGUGUGAGGGUAUCGAAGAUGUAGUUUGUAUGGGUGGGAGAGGGGAUGAAGUGUCUAAGGGUAUAGAGGAUGUAGUUUGUGUGGGUUGCAUAGGGAAUGUAGUAUGUAAGGGUAUAGAGGAUGUAGUUUGUGUGGGUUGCAUAGGGAAUGUAGUGUGUAGGGUAUAGAGGAUGUAGUUUGUGUGGGUUGCAUAGGGAAUGUAGUAUGUAAGGGUAUAGAGGAUGUAGUUUGUGUGGGUGGGAUAGGGAAUGUAGUGUGUGAGAGUAUAGAGGAUGUAGUUGUAUGGGUAGGAUAGAGGAUGUAGUGUGUAGGGUACAGAGGAUGUCGUUUGUGUGGGUGGGAUAGGGGAUGUAGCGUGUAGGGUAUAGAAGAUGUAGUUUGUGUGGGUGGGAUAGGGGAUGUAGUGUAUAAGGGUAUAGAGGAUGUAGUUGUAUGGGUGGGAUAGGGGAUGUAGUGUGUGAGGGUAUAGAGGAUGUAGUUUGUGUGGUGGGAUAGGGGAUGUAGUGUAUAAGGGUGUAGAGGAUGUAGUUGUGUGGGAUAGGGGAUGUAGUGUGUGAGGCUAUAGAGGAUUUAGUUGUGUGGGUUGGGUAGGGGAUGUAGUGUGUAAGGGUAUAGAGGAUGCAGUUUGUAUGGGUGGGAUAGGGGAUGUAGUUUGUGUGCGUUGGAUAGGGGAUGUAGUGUGUUAUAUAGAUGAUGUUGUGUGAGGGGGUGAGAUAUGGGGUGUAGUGUGUUUAGGGAGAGGCUGUGUUUAGUGAUUGUGGAGAGGGUACGGGCUUCAAUGUGUAGGGUGAUAGGCUGGUGAGUGUGUGAGAGAGAUCUCUGGCCAUUGUGCUCCCUUUUUAGGCUUGCUGCUUGGAUUAAAGGGAUACAAAAGGCACUCAGACCACCUUAUCACAUUGAUGUGUUCUGGGUGCAGUGUCCCUGUCCCCCUUAGUCUGCAAUAUAAAUCAAUGAAUUUUUUGAGAAACUGCAAUAAUUAUAUUGCAGGACUAAGAACUAAGAUUGCCUCUAGCUGCUGUCAAUCACAUAGCCAUUAGAGGCACCUUCUGGUGGUUAAGUAAAUUUUGGUCGCCUAAUUGAUGCUGGACGUCCUGAUAACAAGACAAUGAGACCUAUAGAUGUUUAAUUGAUUAUUUAUCUGUCUUUCUUGCAGGCACAUCCUUAUCUGUAUCACCGUUUUAUACAGUAACACCCUUUUUGCCUACUUUGAUGCUGUUUAUGAGAUUCCAGAAUGCCAACCACAGGUUCAUUACUGGCCUUCGAACUCUGUCUACAUUGGUUUCCCAUAUUUAGCCAUCACCAAGUCUAUGCCAAAAAAAAACUGCUAGUCUUCAAUAAACAAUAUGAUCCUGAUUUAAAAAUAGGACAAUUCUGAAUUUCAGAUGCUGCAUUUCAUAUUUUUGUAAUAAAAUGGAUUAAUUUAUAA